AUGUGUCAGGAGAUUGAUGAGAAGGUUGCUCUCAAGAAGAUCGAGGGUGUUUUCGAGCACAUCACGAUCGCUAAGCGCACGUUGCGGGAGCUCCGGAUCCUGCGGCAUCUUCAGCACGAAAACCUGAUGCAGGUUAAGAACAUCUUCAUGGUGGGUUCGAGGUAUGCCUUCCAGGAGCUCUAUGUAGUUUCGGAGCUCAUGGAGACAGAUCUGGCAUCUACCUUGAGGUCUUCUCAGAUGCUGACAGAUGAUCACUGCCAGUUCUUUCUGUACCAGAUCCUCCGUGGCAUGAAAUACGUUCAUUCAGCUCAGGUCAUUCACCGAGAUCUCAAACCGCGAAAUCUUCUUGUUAACAGCAACUGCGACCUCAAGAUCUGCGACUUUGGCUUGGCACGGGUACGCUUCUCGGACAAGGAGUGGGUGUGCCCAAUGACCGAGUACGUCUGUACACGAUGGUACCGUGCUCCGGAGGUGCUGUGCUCGUGGACAGAUUAUUCCUGUGCCAUUGACAUCUGGUCAAUUGGUUGCAUUUUGGCUGAGAUGUCGACUCGCAGGCCACUUUUCCCUGGGCAAAGUACACAAAACCAGCUGGACAUGAUCAUUGAUCUUCUGGGCUCUCCCGAUUCUCAGGAGCUCAUGAAGAUUCCAAAUGAAAAGUGCCGUAAGUUCAUCAAGUCGCUGCCUGUCCACAAGAAGAAAACCUUCCCGGAGGUCUUCCCAUCCAUGCCAGAGCCAGCGCAAGACAUCCUAAGGAAGAUGCUGCGCUGGGAUCCGGUGAGCAGGCUCAGCGUCGAGGAGGCUAUAGCGCAUCCUUACUUGGACAAGUUGCACUGCCCCGAGGACGAGCCAACAAGGGAGCCACUGGACACCACUGACUUUGAGUUCGAACGGCGGAAGAUCACUCUGCCAGCUCUUCGUGAGGAAAUUUUUAGAGAAGCUCUGGAACACUUUCCAGAGGUGAAAGAGCGUUUCGAUCAGGAGAUUCGCUCAGGGAAUGAGAAGCCGCACGACAUCCUACAGUAUCGGCUCCUGCUACCCGGGGAAUCGCAGUACUCAUCAGAUGAAGAGUCCGGUGAGGACAUCUGA